GAAACUUUCAGUUAUAGAAUACGUCCAGUUCCAUCAUAUAGCAAUUAUGUCGAAGUUUGUGCUGCUCUUGGUCAUCUGCUCCCUGUGUUUGCUGCAAGUCAAAUCACAGGCGAAUCGCAGGACAUGUGAACAACUUACUCGUGUCUGUGAGAGAAAUGAAACGAGAAUCGGCAUUGAAGAUUCCGUCACUAAAUAUUUGAAUGCCGAAUGUCGCAGGAGAGAUGUCAGAUGGAAGAAUAUAACUCGUUGUCAGCUCGAACGCGCUGCUUGCGAAUUAUCUUUGGUGGAAUGCGGUCAAUUGAGCUGUGCCAACAUUGUCCGGGUCCUUCGACGUUAA